UGGAAUGAAGGAGUGAUUGAGGGAGAGUGAGUGUUUUCCGGGUCAGAAAGUGGACUAAGAGGAAAUAAAUAAACUCCGGGACGCCGAAAACACGACGUGCAUUAGAUUAGACAUGUAAACGAUUUCGAGGAACGAAGUAUGGAAAGUCUGUCAGCAUUCCACAUGAGACGGAUCGAGAGCCAUGGAAGAAGGGACGGCGUUUGAGAAGUGGACUCUCUCAGUUACUGCGUGCAGGAGCGAAACCUGGCCCGGGACCUGGUCCAUCGCCUGCGAGUGAAAUUUGCAUUAAAGCGCGACGAUUUUUUUAUAACUAAGUUGCGAGCGCUUUCGACUCGACUAGUUAAAAGAAGUUGAGUGAGUUCUCGCGCCUUGUGUCGGAUCCGGGAUGUUUAAUUGUAUCCCGCUGUGGCGGUGUAACCGUCAUGUCGAGACCAUCGACCGGCGCCACUGCUCGCUGCUGUACGUCCCAGACGAGAUUUAUCGCUACAGCCGCAGUUUGGAAGAACUUUUGUUGGACGCGAACCAACUCCGAGACUUACCCAAGCAAUUUUUCCAGCUGGUGAAGUUAAGAAAACUGGGACUGAGCGACAAUGAGAUUCAGAGGCUUCCUCCUGAGAUAGCCAACUUCAUGCAGCUUGUAGAACUCGACGUCUCGCGCAAUGACAUUAUCGAGAUUCCUGAAAGCAUUUCCUACUGCAAAACCCUUCAAGUAGCAGAUUUUAGUGGAAACCCUUUGACAAGAUUGCCGGAGAGCUUCGCUGAAUUGCGGAACCUGACAUACCUUUCCAUCAAUGACAUUUCUUUACAAGCGCUUCCUGAUAACAUUGGAAACCUUAUUAACUUGGUAUCACUGGAACUCAGAGAAAACAUGCUAACAUAUUUACCUGAAUCUCUUUCUCAGCUACACAGACUGGAAGAGCUUGAUGUAGGGAACAAUGAACUGUAUAAUCUGCCCGAGACAAUAGGAUGCCUUGUGAGUUUGAAGGACCUGUGGCUGGAUGGAAACCAGCUGUGUGAAUUACCAAAGGAGCUAGGCAGCAUGAAGAACUUGCUCUGUCUGGAUGUGUCCGAGAACAAGUUGGAGCACCUCCCAGAAGAAAUCUCUUGCUUGGUCUCGCUCACCGACCUGCUGGUAUCCCAGAACCUUAUCGAUGCCCUGCCAGAGGGCAUAGGAAAAUUAAAACGCCUGUCCAUUCUGAAAGCGGAUCAGAACCGUCUGAUUCAGCUGCCUGAGAGCAUCGGCGACUGUGAAAGUCUUACAGAACUGGUGCUGACUGAGAACCAGCUGCUGAGUUUGCCAAGAAGUAUUGGAAAGCUUAAGAAACUCUCAAACUUCAACUGUGACAGGAAUCGCCUGGUAUCUUUACCUAAGGAGAUAGGAGGCUGUAGCAGUCUGAAUGUGCUGUGUGUCAGAGACAACCGUCUGACACGCAUCCCUGCUGAACUUUCACAGGCGACAGAGCUGCAUGUUUUUGAUGUGUCUGGAAACAGGCUGACUUAUCUGCCCAUGUCUCUUACUUCGCUGAAGCUCAAGGCUCUGUGGCUGUCGGAGAAUCAGGCUCAGCCGUUGCUCACAUUCCAGACAGAUGUGGAUCCUGAGACAGGGGAGAAAGUGCUUAUCUGUGUGCUUUUGCCCCAACAGCCCAGCGAGAGUGAAAAAGGCUCUGAUAAUCUGGCACGCUGCGGUGCUCUGGAGAGUCUCGUGAAUGACAUGGCUGAUGACACGUGGGACAGCAGAGCCUUGAAUAGAAUGAGCACCAUCCGAUUCCUAGAUGACGAUGAUGAAGAUGAUGAUGAAAAGGGAACGCUGCUGCGACGGGCCACACCGCACCCCGGAGAGCUGAGGACCAUGAAGAAGGUGGUGGAGAACCUCCGCAAUGAUCUGAAUGCUGCCAAAGCCCUGGACUCCAACAAAAAUGAGGUCAAUAACACUGUGGACCGAGUGACUACAUCUGUGUGACCAGUUUUUACCUCUGGAAUGGCCCAGUCCCCAUGAUGUCUACCCACAUGUGCCUCAUCCAGCCUUCUCCCAUUGCUUUUUCUCCCUCGAAUGUGACUUUCCUUUCCUGUUCUCUCCUUCAUCUCCUUAGAUCCUGAAUCAGGGAAAGACCUCCAUGAUAGGUGCCUUGUUUUUUUAAAAAAAAAUUUAUGAUGCUCAGAGCAAUAACCUGUGCAGGAAUGCAUAGGCUUUUUAUUUUACAGGGCAGUUUUUUUUAAGGCUUUUCCCCCUCAAAUAGGUAGAUGCACUACAUUAAGUCUUAUACUUUAUUAAAUGCUGACAGAAGCCACAAUUAUACUGACUAUACAUAUCAUAUUCAUUUAUAUAUAUUUACAUUCUAUUUUUUUAAUUUUUAUUUUUUUAAGCACUCGGUGGAUGUUUCUUUAUUUCCCCUUCUUUUUCCAAGUCUUUCAGGACACAUUGAGCCCAGUCAUUUUUGGACCUACUUAUUUUAAAAAACAUGAUGUAUAGAUCUUUGUGUAUAUCAAUACGUUUUGUACUUGUGGCAGCUCAGAUGAUGUUAAACCUGGAGGGGACAAAAAAAGAAAGAUGUAUAGCAUAUUUCUUACUCAAUUUUUAUUCUUGCAAACAUAUUUGUGGUUUUUACAAAGCAAGUGAACAACAUGUUUAAAUGUCUUAUACAGCGAAUAGGUUAGCUGGUGGUGCGUGGAUGGUUUCAUAUUUACUUUUAAGGUGUGCAUAUUCAUAAAUCUACAAUUAAAAUCAUGUUUUGUAUGUAAAUAUGCAUAAGGGCUAAUGUGGCAUGGAACAUUUCCAUGUCUUGUAACUGGAGUGUUGUAUCAGUACCAGCACCACUUUUGGAUGUUAGACUCGGUACAUAAACCUAGUUAGUCUUUCUUGGUUUUAUAAUAGGGUUUGGUGGGCAGUUUCCUUUUAAGUGCAGUUUCAGGAAAAAAAAUCACACGCAUACCGCACACUUUUGCAACUCCUAAAUCAUACUCCUUUUGCUUGUCCAUUUUAUGGUACACUACAGACUCCUUUUUGCAUUUUAUUUUCUUUAUUGCAAAGAGACGAAGGUGUUGAAAUGCUGAUUUUUUAUUUAAUUU